UGAAUAAGCAAGUUAGUUAGUUUGGGGAACUUAGUAGAAAAAUAUAAGCGAGACCAAAACAUGAAUUAUGAUUUAUGAAUUAAAAAGCUUGGUAGAUUCUGAACUUCUAGAGCAUUUGGUCUCCUUUAAUAUUAAGAGCAGUUGGGGAUGCCUGGUUGAGUAGAAUGGUUGGUCUUCCUUUGAUCUUUAUGGAAUUGUGGUUUUGUGGAUUCUUUUGCUAUGCCUUUUUUGGUUUUCUGUUUGUGGCUUUGGCUUUUAGUGUUUGUUUCUAUUGCUAGUGUCAAAACUUGAAUAAAUAAAAAAAAAAGAUGCGUGUACCAUAACAUUAAGACUCUUUUGUGGCCCCCAACAUUUUCACUGGGACCCCCAAAAUGUCCUCAUGGACCUUCAUUUUUUUUUUUAGUUGAGAGUCCUGGACCCUCAAUGGGAAAAAGUUUUGGACAGCCCUAAAGUUCCAUUACAGCUGAACCUACCAAUAUACAGUACAGAGAGAGUGUAGGUUUUUAAAAGGGAAUUCUGUUAUUGGAAACAUGGUCUGUAAAUCGCUUCUCGGUUUUGGGAAACAGCUCCUUCGCAUCAAAGUGGUAGACUGCAAUGCUGAGGAGAGCCGCCUAUCCAGAUGCCUGAACACAUUUGAUCUCAUCGCCCUUGGGGUUGGCAGCACCCUGGGUGCAGGUGUCUAUGUCCUAGCUGGAGCCGUGGCCAGAGAGAACGCAGGGCCUGCCAUCGUCCUGUGCUUUCUGAUUGCUGCCCUGGCCUCAGUCCUGGCCGGCCUCUGCUAUGCAGAGUUUGGCGCUAGAGUACCAAAGACUGGAUCUGCCUACCUCUACAGCUACGUGACUGUCGGAGAACUCUGGGCUUUCAUCACUGGCUGGAAUCUGAUUCUGGCCUAUGUGAUAGGUACAUCGAGUGUAGCUCGAGCGUGGAGUGCUACCUUUGAUGAGCUCAUCGGCAAACACAUCGAACAGUUCUGCCGGGUACACAUGCCAAUGAAGGCCCCUGGAAUCUUAGCAGACUACCCUGACAUAUUUUCUGUAUUCAUUAUCCUUGUUUUAACAGGGCUUUUAGCUUUCGGUGUGAAAGAGUCUGCCAUGGUUAAUAAAGUCUUCACCUGCAUCAAUGUCCUGGUUCUGCUUUUUGUGGUUGUGUCCGGUCUAGUGAAGGGAACUAUAAAGAACUGGCAGUUGACUGAAGAGGAAAUGAUCAAUGGAACCAACAUUUCAACUUUUAAUCUUACAGAGGAAGAGUCUCAGGUGUGGAAGUAUGGAGCUGGUGGGUUCAUGCCCUUUGGUUUUUCAGGAGUCCUCUCGGGAGCAGCCACCUGCUUUUAUGCCUUUGUGGGAUUUGACUGCAUUGCUACCACAGGGGAGGAAGUAAAGAAUCCCCAGAGAGCCAUUCCGAUCGGGAUUGUGGCCUCCCUCCUGAUCUGCUUUGUUGCCUACUUUGGUGUAUCGGCUGCCCUGACGUUAAUGAUGCCCUACUAUAUGCUAGAUAAGAACAGCCCCCUGCCUGUGGCGUUCAAGUAUGUAGGCUGGGAAGGAGCCACAUACGCAGUGGCUGUUGGUUCACUUUGUGCCCUCUCAACCAGCCUUCUUGGUGCCAUGUUCCCAAUGCCUAGAGUGAUUUGGGCUAUGGCAGAGGAUGGGUUGCUCUUCAGAUUUUUGGCUAAAGUCAGCCAAAGAACCAAAACACCCUUAAUUGCUACAUUAACUUCAGGGGUGGCUGCAGCUAUCAUGGCGUUCCUCUUUGACCUGAAGGAUCUGGUGGAUCUCAUGUCUAUCGGCACUCUGCUUGCCUACACGCUGGUAGCAGCCUGUGUUUUAGUGCUUAGAUACCAGCCUGAUCAGCCCAGUCUGGCAUAUCAAAUGGCAAACACAACAGAUGAGAGUGAACUGAACGAAUCUGUGAGCAACAGUGAUUCCCAACUUGGGUUUCUACCUGAGGAAGAUGCGAAAUGUACUCUGAAGACCUUGCUGUUUCCCAAGAACCCUAAUCCUAGCAGACUGUCAGGGUUUGCAGUUAACAUCUGCGCCAGUGUCCUUGGAGUCCUUAUCUUUACUUUCUGCCUCAUAACUGUCCUUGGCAGAGCAGCCACAUGGUCUAUAGUGUGUCUUGUAUUGCUGGCUUUCUCAAUUGCUGGCAUCACUGCCAUAAUCUGGAGACAACCAGAAAACAAAACCAAGCUGUCCUUCAAGGUACCGCUGCUGCCUUUCCUCCCAGUAUUCAGCAUGUUUGUAAACGUAUACCUCAUGGUGCAGUUGGGCAAGGGUACAUGGAUACGAUUUGCUAUUUGGAUGGUACUCGGCUUCUCUAUCUACUUUGGAUAUGGAAUCAGACAUAGCACAGAGGCUGUGUUGGCUCAGUCAGGCACAGAGGUCACGAGGAAUGGAUACAAACAAACCCAAGUGUUCAAUGGUGACACAAUGGCACCCGAAAAGGAAGCAUUUCUGGAUGAUGAAGAAUCAGAUGCAAGGAAUCCAUGGAACGCGGAGGAAGGUGACCCCUAAAGACAGAGACAACGUCAACAACGUCACAGACACCUCCACACCUGGCCUCUGCUCUAGCUGAUUUUGGCAUUGAGGAAGAAAACGGGGACACAGGAAAAUAAAUCCUGCCUGCCAAUCCUCACUGACAACCACGGGGAGAAAACAUGCUGUAUUGUUUGCAAACUUCUGUGUGCCAAUGGCUCUUUCAAUGCUGCUAUACUUUAGUGGAUACAAUCCUGAACUUCAUAGACUUGCAUCGUAUACAGCUUUUGGCCAGUGCUGUUACCAAAACCUGUUCUUUUUUGUUUGAAUAGAAGAGCACUUAAGAACAUCUCAUUUUUCUAUACAAGAAUCCACUGAGGCCUAUCAAAGGAAGCUCUUAUAUUUAUUAGCAAGGGCUAAACUUGUGUGCAGCAGCUAUUUCUUUUUAUUUGAUGUUGGCUGUAUUGUCCAGCUUGUUACGAGCACAAAUAAUGUAUCUAAUGUAGUUUUUGUUGUAACCAAUUGAAUUGGUGGUUAAUAGCGGUCUGGUAGGUGUGUUUCUUAAAAUAUUAUUGCAGCUCUAAGGCUGAAUUUAGAGGGCUGACAGGGUUCACUUUUCAAAAUGAAGGUCUGAGCCCCUGCCAACAUUUUGGUAGACAGUUACUUACAGGUAAGUGGAAGGUAAAUGUGUUCUGUAAGUUAGGUUUAUUCACAGUUACUAAUAUAACGUUUGUAUUUCAAUGGAGAUUCAAACGAUUCACACUGCAUACAUGAUAUUGGAGAAAUAUCCACAAGCCAUAUAAUAAGUUUAACUUAAUAGUAAGGAAUCAAAAGCAACAUAUUAUAAACACUGAAACAUCAAACAAAAUAAGGCAAAUACAUUUGUAAUCAUAUUAUAUACAGUCUAACUUCACUAUAACGAACCCUUCUUGUAAUGAACCACCUUUUUUAAUGAUCCAAGCAGUAAGAACUGUUUUUUUUUUCAGUGGAAAUUAGCCCUAUUAGAACAAACGCUUUUACAAAAUCUACCGGAUAAAAACGAUCUUGGUAUUGAAUGACACUGAACUUUCUCCAGUGUGAAUGUUGUUCUCUCAGUGAAAACAAAGACCUUGGUAGGCUAAUUCGAAGAUAAAGCUGAUUCAUAGAUAACAUAUUGUCCUGCGAAUCAUGUGUGACAUAUGUACCUGUUGCCAUCUUCACACAACUGCAACCAUGGCAACAGGCGUGACGUGGUAACAAGAUUGAAACAGCGUGCACUGAGAAAAGCACAAAAACUAUGAAGUAAAAAUAUGUACGCUGGAUAUGUUUUUCAAGAGAAAGGGCACGUAAUUACUGUAUUUAGCAUGUAAGUGUACUUAUGUUUUCAUUUCUUUACUGUUUUCUUUUAAAUAUACAGUUUAAAUAUGAAGUUGUCUUGAACAAAUUACUGUAUAAAGAUGUUCAAUUCAAUUUGGGCAUUUCUUCAUUAUUCUGAUACAGCAAAUUGCCAAACCCUAUUAUAGUGAACAGCCUGAUAUAAUGAACAUUUCUCCAGGUCGCAGGUGGGUUCAUUAUAAUGAAGUUAGACUGUACUACAUAUGGAUGUUAUUUUUGUAAGCUUUUACUAUGAAUCCUUAACUCUUUUCUGUUGGACAAUUUGUAUGUAUUAACUUUUUAACUUUUAUUUUAUAAACAUUUCCCAAGGUUUUUGAAGAUUUAUAUGUAAAAAUAAUUUUAAAAAGAAAAUCCCAAACAAACAACCACACCACAGAGCUGUUUUUUUCAAAACAUGCCCAAAUUUACUGACUACAUUUCUGGUAAUUGUUUUAUUUAUGUAUUCAUUAUUUUACAAUGUAGUGAACAGUGGGACUGCAGUACAGUACAAAACUGUACUGUAUAUACAAAAAAUAAGACAUGCUGACUGAUUAAUAUUUUAAUAUUUUGUGGCUCUUAGUGCAUGUCUCUAGUAGACGAGACCCAAGGAAACAAAAUAUUUUAUCACUCAAUGCACAUACUUGAUAGUUACAGCAGAUUGAUUUACUUGAGCUGAUUUUGUGGAGGUGCUUUUUACUGUCGUCAAAGCAUUAACAAACAUUUAGUGAUCUUGCCUGCCAGAAGAACCUUCAUAUGGGAGUGCACACAAACGUGUGCCUAUAUGUAUGUAUGUGUGUGUGUGUGUGUGUGUGUGUAUGGGGGGGGGAUGCUGUGAACUUUUCCAUACUCGUCUCUGAAUGAUUUGGAUAAUUCAGCUAUUUUUGCUGUACAGUAGCUACCCUUAUAAAAGUAUAGCAAAGUGUAGUAAAGCAUAAGUAAGCAUUGUAAAGCACAGGGUAAUCCACGGUUCACCGCACACAAGUGACCCCUGUGGCUUAUAGGGCGCCUGCGGGUCUGCAGUGGAGCCAUCAGAUCUGUGUUGUCCUCUGGCACUAUAGGUCUGAUGGCUUCGCUGUGGAUCCGCAGGCACCCUAUCAGCCACUAGUAUGGGCAUUUGCAGUGCCCUUUUCUUACGAUGUCUAUCAGGCACUUACGGGACUUAAUUAGCUCACCUGUUGGACCUCCAGAAAUGAUGGAAACUAUAGCCCUCCAAUCCAUUCUUCUAUUCAACUGGAAAAUAGCUAAGAAACAAACAUGUUUAGAUAAGAAUGUGCAUACAUUUGACAAAUAUAUCCCAGUGUUAACUGUAACAUUUCUUUGUGCACCUGUACAACCAGUACAUUUAUUUUUACGGACAGUCAAAAUGAAACCACAUGUUUUAUGUUUAUUAUGAUACUCGGCCCUUACAUUUGACGUACAGUAUAUUUACACAAAGAUCUUGUAUACUGUGCUAACUUUCUUAGAGGUUUACUGAUCGAUCAGCUGAAUUCAUUAAGUUUAAAAAACAAACUAACAUACAGAGCUGUAUAUUUUACUGCCUGUUACCAGAGUCUCUAUGAUAUGCCCCUUCUGACUGGAAAAGUGAUUUGGUAAAAAUAACCUUUAACUGUGUUGCAUUGGAAUAAUAGCUGUUCAUUUCAUAUACUGAUUUGGAAGAUGCAGUGUGGUAGUUUUAUAUGAAGCAAUAUAUUUAGAAAAAGUAUUCACUGAUGCCUUCGUGUGAAGGAAAUGCUUUUCUACUUCACUGAGCUUCUUAUAGUGUAACUCAAGAGUUUAUAAUUGAGUGAUCAAAUAUAUGCAUGGAUCGUAGGGCUUGCGGACUUAUUUGUGCCUGAAUGUGUGAGCACAACCUGCUGUAUGCUGUGAAUGUGCUUUACUGCAUUAUAGUACUUUAGAAAUGUAUAAAUGUGCUUUACUCUUUUGUACACCAUUGAUGUUGCAAAUGCAUUAAUAUUAAUAAAAUUAAAGCUGUCUAAA